AUGGGUGAAAAGAAUCCUGACCCAAUGGUCGAGAGAUUCCUCGGGGAUCAACACGACAGCCAACCUGCAACCGACCCGCGGACGAACAAAGAAUUGGCCGCUGCCUUCAAGGACAAGAAUGUCGUGAUUGCCGGUGCCGGACGGGGUAUUGGAAGAGCCACGGCCGAAUUCUUCGCACAUACGAACAUCAAAUCAAUCAGUCUGAUGGCCCUGGAACUGAACGAGGUCGACGAAACGGCCAGUAUAUGCAAGAGAAUCAACCCCGAUCUGCAGACCAAGACCGCGGCAUUCGAUGUCAAGGACUAUGCGAAGACGGAGCAAUUCAUCAACGAGGUGGACAAAGAAUUCGGCAAGAUUGACGUGGUCUUCGCCAACGCAGGUCGACCGCCGCAGUGGCUCGCGACCUGGGAAUCCGACCCCGGCAUUUGGUGGGAUACCCUGGCCGUGUCGCUGCAAGGAGGGUUCAACUUCGCUCGAGCCGUGCUUCCGAUCAUGCGGAGGGAGAAGGGCGGGAGCAUCGUGUUCACCUCGAGCGCCGGCGCGCACGUGAGCAAUGGCAUGGGCAGCUACGCGCUGGGAAAGCUGGGCCUGGUACGACUGGCUGAGAUUCUGCACCACGAGAACAAGGACGCAAACAUCAAGACGUUCGCCAUUCAUCCGGGCGCCAUACCGACUCGGUUCUUCCACGACUUCAAGGACGCGGCAGAGGGCAAUAUCAAGGACAACAGCUAUGUUUCCAAAUCGAUCCCCGGUGAGGAGAAGUCGGCGAACACGGCGGUCGGUUUCUUUAAGGACGUUACGUGGGACACGCCGCAGAUGCCGGCAGGGUAUGUGGUAAUGCUUUCGAGUGGAAAGAUGGACUUCCUCUCUGGCAGGUAUGUUGAUUGCUCGAGAAAGGUGGAAUCGUACGAAGAGGAGCAGCAGAAGAUCGUCAAGAACGAUCUUCACCGCGUCAAGUUGGUGGUUGACGCAGAGACCAAGUGGUUCAUUCCUCCCGCCAAGGAAGAGCAGCCGUUCGCCGGAGCGUGA